AGACUUAUCAUUAUUAUUAGUGGUGAAGCGCUGAACACCGCGUCUGCGGCAUUGGAGGCGGAGACACGCACAAGUCGAAAAGGACGCACUUCUCCAGUGUGUUUCACACCAACCAUUCCUAAUUCUUUGUUGUUGUUGUUGUUGUUUGUCUGUUGUCGCUGUCUUCGUCAUUCUCUUGCGCUCUGUCCUCAUGUCCCUCCACUUCACCGUCAGCGGCGGCAACGUCCGCACCUUCCUCAGCGUUCUUCUGUGCGUCGGCAAGAUCGGCGAGGCGGUGUACUUCGUCGCCCUCCACGACGGGAUUGAGGUGAGUGCGGUGACGCCGAGCCUUAAUGGCCACAUCGCCGUCCGCAUCCACGCCUGCUACUUCGACAACUACGCUUUCCAGCCGCUCCAGGCGUCAUCCGCCACCAACGCGGAUGGUAUGGCAGCAGACGGCGGCCGGGCGGAGGGUGGCGACGUACCCACCGAGUUGUUUCUCUGUGUGUUGGCCAAGACGCUGAUGGCGACGGUGCUGCGGCAGCACAGCAACGGCAACCUCCAGAGCAUUGAGUUUUGCUACGAUGUCGCGGAAUCGAUGCAGCGCAGCAACAGCGCCAACCGCAGUGCGACCGAAGCAGCCGCCGGCGGCGAAGGAGGCAGCGGCGUGACCGCUGUCCCGCACGAGAAGCGAGACAGUCGCAGCAGCAGCAACAACAAUACCCGUCCGACAGACUUCGAUGAGCGGAUCGACGCGGACAUGGUGCGGUGGACGUGCACGUACGCGCGGAACAUGUCGAAAACUUUCCUACUCCGCCUAGCCGAGGGCGUUCCCACGAGCGUGUGUGCCGACGCUCGCCGCUACCACUUCGAAACGUGCGGAGAAGCGCGAUCCUACGGCAGUUUGUUGGCCUCGCUGCCCAGCAGCGCCGGGCAGUGCGGGCUGACGUUGCUGGAGAGCGGAGUGCUGGAGCUACGAUCGGUCAACAACACGCAGCCACAACAGUCAACAGCAUCAACGACGCGCGGUAAGGCCGCCUCUGGCAUGACCGCGUCAUCGGCGGACGGCAGCGCCGCGGUGGUGACGGCGUUUGCGAAGGCGUUCCAUCUUUUUCGCUUUUACGAUGUUGUGCGCGCUUCAGCAUCACUCGACACCUCUUCUUCCUCGCACGACAACACCGCGAGCUCUGCGGCAGCGGCGGCGGCAACGCCUGCAUCCCAGCAGGUACGACAACAGAGCGUCGCGGACGAUUUGGGCACCUCGUCGGGGCCAUCGAUGGUUCCCCCCACCCCUUCGCCCAGCACUCAACAGCAGCAGCCAUCAUCAGAAAUGGAUAAAAACAACGCCAUGGCAAGCGCAGAAUCAGAAGCAGAGAAGCUGAUUCGCAGGCCCUUUGUGCAGCUUCCCGGCAAAGUUUUCGAUGUGAAACCCUUCAAGCUGGCCGCGUUGCUGGCGGAGCAGCUUGGAGUGCAGCUGCGCCUCCGCUGUGGCGAGGCUGGCAUGCCGCUUAUCCUUACCAGCAUCACUCCCGAAGAGCUGCAGGAACUGAUUGCAGCAGACUCUGCGACAGGGCAGGCCUCGCGUAGCACAGGCACAGGCCCAAUGCGGGGCAGCAACAGGCAUGACAGCGAAGUUGCAUAUCGUAGCGGUGUCGUCGCUGCACCGGCCCUCCACCGAUCUGCGCGACCCACGGCGGUGUCGGCGUGUAUUUCAUUCGUCAUGCACGUGGCGGCUCUGGACAUGGCAUCCGCUGUCACCGACGCCGGUGCUGCCACAGAGGGCGGACAGAGCACCAGUAUCGCGACGGCCACGAGCUCCACGGUGAACACACCACGCGCGAGUGCGCAUCAUCCAAGUUUGCCACCUUUCUCACCGAUUGCAGCGACAGCAGCAGCGCAGCGCCACAGUGGCGGUGGCGGCGGUGAGGAAAAGAAUUUGGAUAUUCAUAGAGGGCGCGCAGGGGCGGACGGUGUGAACUCCUUCUUGCCACCCUCCUUCUCACCUUCGACCUCCGCGCUGGCCAGUGCUACACGCAGCUCCACACAUUUUGCGCUGGGUGGCGGCGGCGGCGAUCUCGCCAGUGUGGCCUCUUCCGUCGUCCAACCUUCUCCGCAGGAGGACGAGCGGCAGCCCUUCACCAGCAGCGACCACGUCAGCAGCAGUUGCACGCCUUCCCACGUUGAGGCCAGCUUUGCCAGCGCCGCUCUCUCCCCUCUGCACUUCGGUCGCACAGGAGAAAGUCUACCGGAAGGAGAAGAUGAAGUCAAAGGCGGCCUCGACGCCACACCGCGGCCCUCCGUCGCGAGCACGUCCGACGUGGUGAUGGUGAUGACGGGCGAGGACACCCCGGAGAAUCAUGGAAGCAGCGGCAGCGGCAAUCAACACCACCCCACCGCCGCCGUCGCCAACACCGCCGCCUCUCUCAACUCGUUGUACCCCCUCGAUUUUGAAGCAUUUGCGCGCAGCUACGCGACGCAGAACGGUGCGGACGAUGAGGAGGAGGACGCGCAGGACGCCGAGCUGCGUGAAUUCCUGGCGAGCUGCGUCGCCUCCAUGUCCCGCGGUCCCACACAGAACUAA